AUGGGGAACUGUCUCCGGAGCAGAUUCAGAUGGCCCAAGGAUACCCAAGAGGAACACAAGAAGCACAGAAUUGAAAACCCAGAACAGAAAAAGUUCAGACAAAUGGUAUCUAUAUUCAAGAGAAGAAAGAAAGAGUGCCACAAGGAAAAUGAAGAAGUCUCAUCUGCUUUCUAUCAGGAAAACAAUGAAGACAAUGCAAAGGAGCCAUUCUAUGCCCUCAUCAUGCACGGGCCCCAACGAAGACCUUCCAUGAACUCCACAGAUGACGGUUAUGAGAAUGUUGGCCCCAGGCAUAUGACCAAACAACUAGCUGACAGGCGUGAGACAGAAUAUGCUGUUCUUAGGGUCUCUUCUAGCCCCCAGCCUCCCUACAGCUUCCAGGAUGAGGAAUAUGAACUUAUUAUGCCCAUUACCCAUACUCAUUACCCAUCCCACCUCAACCUGAUAAAUUCAGGGAAUCUGAAUAGAUAG